UUUUUUUUUAUUUUUGUUAAAUGCAAGUAUCUACAGCCAAACAUGUUACGAUUCUCGAUCAAGAAGAGAUAAUAGUAGAUGUCCAUGCUCCUGCAAAGACAUAUUAUACUACUGGUAGCAACGCUGGUAAUGUUGUCCAUCGUUUACGUACACUAUCUGGACAACAACAUGUAUUGAAUAACGAUAAAAAUGAUUUAAUCCCUCCAAGAAAAAGAAGAGGUUCUCAUGAUGAUAAAUAUAAAGCAAGAAAGUUUUUACUUGACGUUAAGGAUACACAAAGAGUCUUGGUUGAGCAAGAAGAUACAGAUGGAGAUUUUCAAAUUACAGUCAAUGAUUUAGGACCAAAGACGCUCUCUGUUGGAAGCGCAGAUUCAGGUGGGUAUCGUAAGAUUGAGAUUCGAGGCACCUAUAUGUUGUCCAACUUAUUACAAGAGCUUGCUCUUGCAGAAGAUUAUGGUAGAAAGUAUAUUGUCUUGGAUGAGGCACGUUUAAGUGAAAACCCAGUAGAUCGUCUUUCUCGAAUGAUUCGACAUCAUUUCUGGGAUGGCUUAACUCGUCGUAUCGAUGCUGAGGGACUUGAGCGGAUAUGUAUGGAUCCUAAAAAUAGAUCUGCUAAUCAUAGUCCGAGAAUUUAUAUCCCUUAUGAUGAAGAAGAGGAGGUAUUUGAAUAUUACCAAAAUGUUGCCAAUACUAAAAAGAUGUGGGGGCUUGAAGUUGAGAGACUUCCUCAAGAUAUCACAGCUGAAUAUGUUCAAGGUAUUAAUGAUAGACCGGGUAUCCUGUCUUUAGCUCUCAAGAAGGUGGUCACGGAUAUCGAGACGGGUGAAUUUACUUUUAUAGGUGUUCCAUUUGUUGUCCCAGGGGGUCGAUUCAACGAGAUGUAUGGUUGGGACUCUUAUUUUGAAGCGUUGGGCCUCUUGAUUGAUGAUCGUCUAGAGUUGGCUCAAGGGAUGGUUGAGAAUUUUGCUUAUGAGAUCAAACAUUAUGGGAAAAUUUUGAAUGCCAAUCGUUCCUAUUAUCUAACUCGAUCACAGCCACCCUUUUUAACAGAUAUGGCACGUCAAGUCUAUUUAAAAUUAACAAUGUCUGACGAUGAAAAUAAAGAAUGGUUACGAAGCGUCUUGCAAGCUGCCAUCAAGGAGUAUCACACCGUAUGGAUGGCUGAACCUCGUUUAGAUCCCAAGACCCAAUUAUCACGGUUUAGACCCGAUGGGAAGGGUAUCCCGCCUGAGACUGAAGCAUCUCAUUUCGACCACGUCAUUCAACCCUAUGCUUCUCGUGCAGGGUUAUCUAUUGUUGACUAUAUGGAAGAGUAUAAUAAGGGUACCUUGAUAGAACCUGAGCUAGAUGAGUAUUUCUUACAUGAUCGUGCUGUACGUGAAUCUGGACAUGAUACGACAUACCGAUAUGAGGGACGUUGUGCUGAUUUGGCUACAAUUGAUUUAAAUAGUUUACUUUAUAAAUAUGAAACGGAUAUUGCUGAUAUGAUAACAGAUUAUUUAAAUGAUGACUUGGUUGACUAUCAUGGUGUAAAGCAAGAUGCAGAUAUAUGGCGUGAAAGGGCGCGUUUAAGAUUAGAGCGCAUGAAUACAUAUCUUUGGAAUGAAGAAAAGGGCAUGUAUUUUGAUUAUGACACUGUGAAGGGAAAGCAAAGUGAUUAUGAAACAGUAACCACAUUCUGGACCAUGUGGGCAAAGUGUGCUAGUCAAGAACAGGUCGAAAAAAUGAUACAUUUGGCUCUCCCUAAAUUUGAAGUCAUGGGUGGUCUUGUUUCAGGAACUGCUGAAUCAAGAGGCAUAAUUAGUUUAGAUAGACCUAAUCGUCAAUGGGAUUUUCCAUUUGGUUGGGCACCUCAUCAAAUACUUGCUUGGAAAGGCUUUGAAAAUUAUGGCAAGACUGAUAUCCAACAAAGACUUGCUUAUCGUUGGUUAUACAUGAUCACAAAAUCAUUUGUUGAUUUCAAUGGUGUUGUUCCUGAAAAAUAUGACGUAGUUAGUUUGACACAUAAAGUUCAAGUAGAAUAUGGUAAUGUAGGUGUCGACUUUAAAUAUAUACCACGCGAAGGUUUCGGUUGGAUGAACGCCUCAUAUCAAAUUGGAUUAAGUAUGAUAACAAAACAAAUGCGGCGAGCCCUUGGUACUUGUACUAGACCAGAUCUAUUCUUUGAAAAAUAUUUAGCAAGAAAACAACAAGAAGAAUCUAUUAAAGUUGUUCAAGCUGCAAGGGAAAUUACUCAAGAUGGUCAAACAACGACUGCAAUUACCUUGAUUGUACCUUCAGAAUCAUCUGUUAUUAUCCAGGAUUCUUUUAAUAGUAGUUAUAUACAAAGAAAAACACCUGUUUUAACACCUGAAAAUAGUAAUCAUGAUAUUAUUGCAUCUGCUUUAAUCGUGGAAGAAGAAGAAGAAGUGAUUACUCCUCAUCAUAAUCAUCAUCACCAUACCGAUUAUUUUAGUGUAUAAAUAAUAAACAAUGUUGUUUAUGUACCUAUUUUUUUUGUUUAUCAGGGGCAUGUAACACACGAUUAGCACAAAUAUAGAUAAAUGCAUUUUUUUUUAGGCAUUUUAUGUACCUGAAAUUCAACUAUUUUUUUUUACAUAAACGUUUUCUCUCCUUUAUAAUAAUAAAA